GGACAGGUUUAAAAAAUAUAAAAAUAAUAUGUAUCAUAAUUUUUUUCAGAAUUUUUCAUAACUAUUUUGAUAGCGUUUUGAAUUUUGAAGUAUUGGAACACAAUAUUUUUAUGUUGUUAAACCUGUCGCUAGUUGGAAAGUUGAUGAGUAUAGAUUUACAAAUUUUGAAAACGGACUUAUAUAUUUGCAAAUUUCAAAAAUAAAAACAUAGACAUAAAAAAAUUCCUCCACAGGCUAGAGAGAUUCAUUCAAUACAUCGAGAUCCUCUCUUGUGAAGUCAGAGUCUUAUAGUAAUCUAUAGGUGCUAUAAUAAUAUAUAUUUGGACACUGUUCACACAACGCCGAGUUUCACUGUUCGUGGGAAUACGGUAGAUCAUAUUGUUCGUUUACAGAAGUACUGUAGCGUCAAAUCUUGUCCAUCUGUUUUAUAUCGAACGACUAGUUUUUUUUUUAUACAACGGUUAGGUUUUUGAAGUCACCGUGACAGAGGAUCCUGAUUCGUUUUGGUGGUGGGGCUAAAAGCGCUUUCCUCUCUUUUACCAACCAAGCCCGCAAGCAGGCUCAAAAAAAAAACCAAACCCGCAACCGCACGUAGACCACCCACCUAUGGAGCGACUGGUUGUCUUCACCCAUGGAGCGACUGUCUUCCUGGUUCUGGUUCUCGUCGCCGGAGCUGAGGGCAGAGGCCUCCGCGCCGGAGUCGCACAUCUCGCCGUCGGCUUCAAAGACACGGCUUCCCAUCUGUCGCGGCGCCUGGUUCCCCCUCCCCCCAUGAUUGGACCUAGCUGCGACUCAACAAGCUUGGCCAUGAAGAUCAUGGAUUCGUGUGGGAGUGGGGAAGGUGCAUCCAGUGACUGCUGUGAGGCUAUAAUCACAGCAGUUGACACAAGGGGUUGCCUUUGCAACGUGACCAGUGAGCGGUUUCUCAUCGAGGCCGACAUUUCCCUCAUCGGAAUCCUCCAGCUGUACAACAAGUGUGGCGGAGUCCGUACUCUGAGUGACGACUUACAAUGCGAGGAUGUCCAGGACGGAGGGCCGCCCUGCUCCCAAUGCCCCCCAACCCCAAGCAGUGGUUGGUUAAGUGGCUUACGCAGUGUAGGUGUGGUGACGCUGGUAUUCACAGUCGUCAUCUUUAUCAUCCUCAUAGGGUUGGUAGGGUGGAUCAUCUAUAUGUUCUACGAGUUCAAGCUCAGGACAACCCUCGGUAACAUGACAACCCUUGCUCACAUGCACAGUAUCUCCAACACUAGGGCGCGGAACGUGAUACUUCCAUCAGACAUUGCAAACAUUGGCCUCCCCUAUCAAAAUCUUGGUGCCGAAUCUGAAUUGGAACUUGCAGCAAGAUAGAAGACCUACCUGCAGUAUUAACAAGCAUUCGAAAUAGCUUCUGCAUGCUUAGGCAAUGGAAGAUCUGUCAAGGAUGUGUUUUGGGAUAUUUGUACAAGUGCUAUGCAUUGCAAUGGACCCCAUCAUUUUACAAGGGACCCCUGCUACUAUAUACUCUUAUUUUUUUGACAAUGCAUCAACAAAGUGGUCUUUGUUGCGUGCUUGCUGAUUAAAUGCACCUAUUCAUGAAUAUUCAGAGUAUGAGAUGCUUGCUGAACGAAGUGUACCUGUUCAUGAAUUUUUCAAGUAUGCGUGAAUGCAUCCAUUGUUUGUGUGA